UGCAUGCCCCUCGAGGUGAACGAGGUGAUGCAAAAUUGCAACCAAAAGUGUAACCGUAACAAAAAAAUCCUCAUUUUCCACGAGUGUACCAACACAGAUGGUAAUAUAUAAAUAAAAUGAGCAUACAUUGUAAGAUCACGAGAUAUUAGAGUUGUAAUUUUUCUCUCUCUUAAUUCAAAUAAAGAGAUCUGAUCUUCAAUUUCUUCCUCAAUUUCAUCGAAUUUUUGUGCUUAGAAACCUCCAUUAAUGGCGGCGGAAGAAGAUUGGGUGAAAAUAGUGACGGCGAAAACUCCGACGAAUAUAGCAGUGAUUAAGUACUGGGGAAAACGAGAUGAAACCCUAAUUUUGCCGAUUAAUGAUAGUAUUAGUGUUACACUUGAUCCUAAUCAUCUUUGUACUACUACUACUGUUGCUGUUUCUCCUACAUUUGUUGAAGAUCGUAUGUGGCUCAAUGGCAAGGAGAUUUCCCUUGCUGGAGAAAGAUACCAGAAUUGUCUGAGAGAAAUUCGCAAACGUGCUAGUGAUGUUGAAGAGGAGGAGAAAGGCAUAAAAAUAGCAAAGAAGGAUUGGCAAAAUUUGCAUGUACACAUUGCUUCGUUCAAUAACUUCCCUACUGCUGCUGGGCUUGCGUCUUCAGCUGCUGGUUUGGCUUGCCUCGUUUUUGCUCUAGCAAAGCUCAUGAAUGUGAAGGAAGAUCAAGGACAGCUUUCUACUAUAGCAAGGCAAGGUUCUGGUAGUGCUUGUCGCAGUUUAUAUGGCGGUUUUGUUAAGUGGAUCAUGGGAAAGAAUGAAGACGGAAGGGACAGUUUAGCUGUUCAAGUCGCAGAUGAGAAGCAUUGGGAUGAUCUUGUUAUUUUGAUUGCUGUGGUAUGCUCUCGGCAAAAAGAAACAAGCAGUACAAGUGGGAUGCGUGAGAGUGUCGAGACAAGCUUGCUGCUAAAGCACAGGGCACAGGAAAUUGUACCGAAGCGCACACUUCAGAUGGAGGAAGCCAUUAAAAAUAAAGAUUUUUCCUCUUUUUCUCGUCUAGCUUGUGCUGAUAGUAACCAAUUUCAUGCUGUCUGCCUGGACACAACCCCUCCCAUAUUUUACAUGAAUGACACAUCCCAUAAGAUUAUUAGCAUUGUUGAGAAGUGGAAUCGUUCUGAAGAAACGCCUCAGGUGGCAUACACUUUUGAUGCAGGGCCAAAUGCUGUCCUAAUUGCACGUGACAGAAAGGCUGCUUCUCUUCUUUUGCAGCGCAUGCUUUUCCAUUUCCCCCCUGGUGCUGAAACUGAUCUAAACAGUUAUGUUAUUGGCGAUAAAUCUAUUCUUCAAGAUGCUGGGAUUAAAAAUAUAAAAGACGUGGAAUCCCUGCCAAAUCCUCCAGAACUUAAGGAUGCCAACUCCAUCCAGAAGCAUCCUGGGGAUGUUAGCUAUUUUAUCUGUACAAGACCUGGGCAAGGCCCUACUGUGCUUUCCGAUGAAAGCCAAUCUCUUCUUAAUCCAGAAACGGGGUUGCCAAAGUGAAAAGGGUUAUCUAGUUUUUUAGCCUCUUGUGCACUUGUAAUGUUAACAUCAUCCAUUGAUCACAUCAAGGAAGUAGCAAUUUAUGUUCUUUCAAUUGGUCAGAGCUAUUUGUUUGAAGCAAAAACAUUAUGCACCGUGAAUUUGUUCUCUCGCGCACACCACAUGCUGCAGAUUCGUUUGGUUUGUCCGACUCGCAAUACAUGAUUGAAGACAUAUCAGUAUAUGCUAUUUUAGUGUGAAACAGUAGAGGUCUCCAUUAUCCUCUCCUCUGUUCUGUGUUUAGUUUUCGAGGUUUUGGUGUUGUAGACAACAAUUAGUAGGGUUUUUAAGAUUUGAAAUUUGUAUCCUGUAAUGAAGUUUGGAUGUUGAACAAUCGCCAUGAGAGGCUGGAUUCUGAAGGAGAAUUUGUUUAUGAAUGAUUGUCUUCAUAACCAAAUAUUUAUCCGACUUUCAUGUCCUCUAUGUAGAUUACCAUUCAAUAAUUGACACAAUUAAAACGACAUUUGGAGAUGUAUAAAACUCAAUGUUGGAUUGCCAAUAUAUGACGUAUAUGACGAAAUUGUUGAUCAA